AUGGCUAAGUUGGAAUCUGCAGACGAUGCCGCCACCAAUAACACGAGUACUACACUACCAAUAACAGGAGGUCACUCACAACUGUGGAGGGCUCUAUCUGGUCUACUAUCCUUCCUCGACGAGAUGGGCUUGCUUACUCGAUAUCGCCCUAGAGGAGUAGUCAUGAAGCCACUAGAGGGGCUCCUAUCAGUAGACAGCGUCACAUUACGUACCCUAGGGGUAACAAGUGCUGGUCGUAGCACUGCAAUAGUAGCUGGUCACAAGCAUCGAGUUAUGACACCUAGUAUCACUCGCUUACUCGGACGUUAUAUAUCGUCCCCUCCAGGUCGAGGGGUUCUGCAAAGGUGGUUGGCAAUGCCAUGUAGCAACAUUGAUAUUAUAGAGUCAAGGUUGAAGGCACAGGAGAUCAUCAUAGGCAACCUCUCGCCUGACCUCGCUUCUAGGAUGAGUAAGAAUCUCAAAAAGCACCGUGACCUCUCUAAGAUACUCGAUAGAGUUACCCAAGGUUUCAAUCUUGAUAGUGCGGCUCGAGUAGCUGCAUGGUUACAAUUACUACGAUCAUGCCAAGCUGCGUUAGAGAUAAUUAGAUCUAUCGAGAUGCUACCACCAACAUCACCGUUGAGGAUUGAAGUACCCUGUAUAUCCAGCCUGCUGGAGUGCCGUACACCAUUACUACAAAUACAGCACAUGUUGGAGGCCAGCUUUGACCUAGAUGCCUGGGCAGCUGCUGGGCCUACCCACCUAUCGAUCAAGGUUGGCAUCAUCCCUGAACUUGAUGCAUUACGUGAACA